UUGCAAAGAAACUCAACUAAUUCCGUGGAUUUGCAAUCCAAAAUAUUACAAAAUGAUAAGAUAAAUCCGGAUAAAAAUAUCGAUAAACAAUUAUUAACAGACAAUAAUUUAACUAGCAUACUCAAACAUUUAUCACAUGAAAUCGCAGCAAUUCUGGAAGAUAAGACAUAUUUGAAUACACAAACUGAUGACACGAAAAGUCUUAGUUCUAAGAAUAAUAAUCUAGACAUUACAGUCACGUCCAAUGAUAAAUCUAAUAUUGUAACACCUUUAGAUGGUCAUUCUGCUCUGCCAUUAACUCCAGUGAAGGUACGUUACGAGAAACGCGAAGUGACAUGGAAAUCAUCAACCAAAAGGACAUGAAUGAAUUUGAUGUUGUUAACGAAACGUUGUGUGAUUACUUAGGGGAUGUACCAGAUACGGAACGCAAGAGGGAUGAUAAUGCUCCGAAGCUCUCCUCUCGUUUUCUACGUGAUAAUGUAAAUGCAGAACAAAGGAGACUCAUUGUAGGAUACAUUAUUCGUCUGGGCGUACACUGCUAUUAUCCGUCUCAUGUUAUUUAUCAGACUAUCAAGUUGUUCAAUGUAGCUAUCGAUCGAAUUUUAGUGAAGACAGAUGAUAUACAAUUAAUGGCUUUGGCGUGUCUCUGGAUAGCUCUUAAGCGAGCAGGAUCUAGUGAAAAAUUACCAUCGGCUACUGUAAUACUGCAAUUGGCCAAGGAUUUAUACAUUAAUCAAAAGAAACACUUGUUAAUGUAUGAAAAGAAAAUUUUCGAAGCCGUUAAAUUCAACAUACAAUUCGCCGAUCCAUUCUCAUUACUUUCAUAUUACAUAUUGAAUAUAAACGAAGAUAGUCAACAUAAAGUCAUUACUUCAAACAAUAUCGUGCAUCUUUACUUUUGCGGCAGUUACAUGAUCGAUUUAUCAAUGUUAGAUGAAGAGUUGUGUGAUGUCUCGGUACACGUGAUAGCAAUGGCUGCGACAGAAUUAGCGCUUUGUCUUGUAUAUUCAAGUGAUAUUAUAAAUGAAUCAUGGUGUUCAGUUUGGAGAAGGAAACAGUUGCUCACAGAAUGGGAAGAAAGAGUGAUGAUUUCUACGAAGCAGAGUAUGCUGCUAAAUGCUACGCAACACUGGAAAUUUAGUUCGAAUGUUAUAUACAAAAAAUACAUGCGCAGUAGAAACGGUAGAAUCACUAUUCUUGUUCACGACAAAUUGAGGAAUAUUAUAUGUUAGUCAGAGACGUAAAAAAAUUUUUUAAAUUUUAACGUCUUAUAUUUUUUAAUCUUUUUUAAUGUUUUUUUAUUUAUUUUGUUAUCAUGUAUGUUUUAUAUUUAAUUAAUAUUGCGCUGGUCGCUUUUAUAUUUCAAUUUACAAAUAAUUUCCUUUGUUAUAUUAAGAAAUAUUAAUGUAAAAAAUUUUAUAAAAUUAAUAAAGGGAAAUGUAAUAAUGUAAUGUUAUAUGCUCAGAAAAAUAUAUUUUUAUUGCAAAUUUAAAGAAAUAAGCAUUUGAUUCAAGUUUAU